AUGGACUCAUCAUCAAAGGAGAGUAUAGAGGAUAUCCCGUAAGUUUUUUCAUUUUAGCGCUGAUUUCUAGUAAUAUAGAAGAGGAUUAAGGCAAAUAAUCUCAAAUUGAUGUCAAUAGGACGGGAUAUCCAAAUAUACAACGAGUGUGGUUAACGUUUACGAAAUGCUCAAUUUUUGUAGUUCAGCAUAUUAAAUCAGCUGUGAUCUUUGCUUCUAUUCUGUAUUUUUUGCGAUAGUUUGAAUCACAGAGGUAAAAUUGAUGAUCUCGUGUUGUUUUUCAUCAGAGUGGCAUUAUUACUGACUGAUCCUAUGUUUUAAUGCGAUUUUAAAGCUUCUAUAUUGCGUUGUGCACAGAUGUUGAUGUUGUCAGCUGUACAUCUAUUCUCCAGUCAUGCAUAUAUUUAACGCGGUUUCCAGGAGUUAUAAAAACAAGUUCAGACAAGCAGCUGAUGAGUACCUUAUAUCAGUCACCUGAUAACUUGAUAUCUUAAUCGAUUAAUCCUGAUGAUUUUUAAGUCAAGAUCUUAGAGUUGAUACCCCUAACAAAUAUUAAAACAUUUGUUUUUUUGCUUUAGAAAGUACUGGGAGUAUAUUCGAAACUAGAUCAGAGGGACAUUAUUCUUUUAUGGUAUCUUCUCAAUCAUGAGCAGUCUUACUACACCUGUCUGAGCGACAGGAAAAAAUUUCAAGUGAAAGAAUUAACUCUCUUUUUUUGGUCUCAAACCUUAAUUUUUUGGGUUUCCUUAUUUUGUUGAAUUUGUGCUUUUGCACCUAUGAUGCAAUAUAAGUAACGUUGUUUCCUGGGUAAGUGACAGCUUUUUAAAAUUGAAUACUGUCAAUUUUUUUACAUACUUUCUCUUUCCCCUCAUCCUGAUUUUCUGAUCUUUCACAUAUGAAGUUUAUGUUGUUCAUAGCUACUUCCUGGUUUGGGGUCUUUGACCAUUAUUCAUAGUGCUCUUGCUCAAUCCAAACAGAUUCUCUUAGAAAACUGAGAUCUCCUUUAAUGAGGUUUCUGAUCUUUAUAGUAUGACCUUAAAGGUAAAUUCUGAUCUGUCAGAUGGUACCACGCUAACCUGACAAGGAAUGGUGCUGAGGUGUUGCUGCUUGCUUAUGGCUGUGAAGGAAGCUAUUUACUGAGACCAAGUAAAAACAACCCAGGGAACUACACUGUAUCAGUCAAGUAUGCUCUUAAUUUGUAAUGUCAAUAGGUUUACCUAAUGUGGCUGUUGUUCUUUUAUUUUGUUUUCACAGGUUGUACAAUUUUAGGCCCAGUCUUAAUUAAGACACAAUUUGAUCUUGACAAAUUAUGGUGAAUAAUUGAUGAUUGUCUCUUUCUUUUAGGAGUGUUGAUUCAGUAAGGCACUUUCCACUGGUUUAUGAUAACAGAAAGUUUGUCUUUGGAGUUGGAGAAUUUUUUAAUGUUGAGCAGCUACUGGAACAUUUCCAGAAUUUUCCAAUCAUUGCAGGAGAUACAGGUUUGGUAAUUUGUACACAUCUCCAUUUGAAAUCGAUCAGAAAUUAAAAUCUACUUUUGUCUGUUAUUUAAUUCUUUGGCAUCCAUGUGAAGCCUCUUUCAACUUCUUAAUCUCUUAUGUAUAAUUAUUGAAAAAAGGUUGGGUUUUUGGAGCAUUAAAUUUCUUCCUGACUGUCUAAUUUUUAUCAAGUUGAUAUUUAGACUGAACAAACAAGCAUACCUACUAACAUUGCUUAAUAUUCAAAAGCUUUAAGGUGAUACUACUGUUGGAUUAUGAAAUCAUAAUAACAAAAUAAUGUAAACUGAAUUGACCAGUAUCUUGCUAAUUUGAUGAUUGUCUAUUACAAACAGGUCAAGCUGUUACACUUGCUUAUCCAUAUCCUUCUACGGUUAAGGAGCCAUCAGUAUAUGAGGACAUCACUAGACAUGUAGUGCGCGGGAGCUCCUUAAAGUGUCACACCUUUUCCAACCCAAUUUCACCUGAAAAGGUAUCAUCAGACAUGGAUUGGUCGGUGAGUAAAAAACAGUAUGAAAUUAGCAGUAACUCAAUGUUUAGAAAUGAUUUAACCCCUUAACCCCUUAGGAUAGCUAGCAGGUAAUAUCAGAUUUGAAUAUUAAGCCCUGAGAAUAAAGGAAAUGAUAAUCAAUUAUAUUAGCUCUCAAUGGUCAGACAAAUUUUUCUUGUCAGCACCAUAGGAAAUAUAUAGAGGAUAGAAUGGAGAAUAUGCACACUGAUGUUAGGGUAGAAAGGGUUAUGGUCCAAGGUUUGCAGCAGUGUUCAUGUAGAAAGUUAAGUAUUAGAGUUUUCAUUAUUUUUUAAUGGGAUUGCUUUAUCCAGUUAUGUAGGGAAAAAAAUUGUCAGUAAAUUUUUUCAUUGUGAUUUGUAGGUUGCAUCAAAGGAAGGAUUUCUUACCAAAAGAGGAGCUGUUCAUAAGGUAAACAUUCUCAUCAUAGAUUCAUUUAUUUGUUUUGAAAUGUUUGAUAGAAAAAAAAAAUCACUCUUUUUUUGUUUCUUAUGGAGGAAAGUCCAUGAAAGUACCAAAGACUCAAUAAAUAAAAUGUAAAAGUAAACAUUCAAAUUUAUCUAUCAAUUCAGAAAAGUAGUCAAAUCACACUAUUUGAUUAAUGAAACCAUGUUAUUUUCUUGUAGAACUGGAAGAGACGGUGGUUUGUUACAAUUAGAUAUAUGCUUCAGUACUAUAACCAACGAGGGGUAAGGGUUGUGUGCAGUAGCUAUUAUGCAUGUUGUGGUAUUGGUGCACAUUGUUUAAAGUUUAUGCUAUUUUUGCAACUACUACUACUAGAUAUAUUAUCUGUUUAAACUCUCAAGGUGGUUACAGUAAUUUAAUACAGCUUAAAUUUUUAAUGUACAGUGUAUGAUUGCUCUUGCUAAAAUUGGCACUCAUUCUUGAUCAACACACUUGAAAGGAAUAUCUAAAUAUAAACUUCAACUGCCUCUUUGCAGGAUAAGAAACCUUUAAGAGUACUUGACCUCCGCCUAGCAGAAGAAGUCUUAAAAAAUGACACAUGUGGAAAGCCUAAUGCCUUUAGGUAAUUUGUUAAGAAGAGGAAAUUGUAAUGUUGAUUACAUGUAUAGCACAGAAACCUAUCCAUCAGGUAUUUUUUAGUUAACAAACCAGGAUAGUCGAUGUGGAUUUGAGUAUUAGUGGAGAGUCAUACUGUUGGGGGUUAACCCUUUAACUUCCAAGAUCUGAUUGCUAAUUCUCCCCUCCAGCUACCACACAUUUCCUUGUAGAUUAGUUACGAGAAUUUGAUUUGUUGAUCAAGCUAGUUAACAACUUUUACCCUAUUAGUUUGAGUAUUCUCAUCACCUGUUUGCUGGAUUUGAAAGAAAGAUUCUUUUCAUAAAUGAGCCUUGUUUACCCUGACCUGUUGUGCUUUAAUUUGUUUUUUUAUUUCAUCUACCACUGAUAAAAAUUUGUGAAUUUUUAUUUUUUUAGCUUAGUUUUCCCAGACAGAACGUUUUUUCUUUAUGCUGACUCUGUGCGGGAAAUGGAAGAAUGGAUUGAAUUGCUCAAAUGGAAAUUGGUAAUUUUCUUUUGUGUGAAAUGUGUUUGUUCUUCUGUUUGGUUAUAUUAAUUACCUGAUAAAUUUAACAAUUCUUAUUACUUGUUUGCUGGGUAAUGUGUGAAUUUUAAAGGGAGGUCACAUUUUAUCCUCUUUGUGGAGUUAAACGGUUACUAGAUACAGUCAUUCUUAAUUGUAAGAUUGAGACUGCAUCUGUAAAGUUACAUGCAGCAGCAACCCUUAUCGAAUGUGAUUACUUUCUGACCAUUUUUUUAUACAGAAAAGAACAUUAUUUUUAGCCAAGACCACAUUUUGUAGAGUUGUAUUGUUGUAGUUCAUUUUGUUCCAUUUGAGUGAUAAAUUGAUGGUACAGAAUUUGAUAAUACAAUAAUUUCAGCUUCUGUAGGGUUUCCUCAUUGCACCCCUCAAAAUUGCUAAUAUUACUUAACUGCUUUAAAUUUGAAUAAAAAUGAUAGUCACUGUGAUCUCUGUCAUCUUUGAUAUAAUUAUGAAUUCUGUGGCCUCUGUAAACUUCCAUCUUUUUAUGUUAUGUGGAAAAAUAAAUGUAUGAAUAAUUUCAAAUCAUUCAUUUUUCCUAACAGAAUAAAGUGAAGCUAAAAACUCGCUGUGGUAAGUAUUUUGUAGCAAGUGCCAUGAUAAUGAAGAUGUAUCUUCUCUAUGCCCAGGGCCUUGUACUGAAUGUAAGCCUGCCGGGGGCAGUGUGGCUGUGUGGUGCAGUCGCUAGUCUUGUAAUCUGGUGGUCUCAGGUUCAAACCCCCACCUUGCUACUCACUGGAUUUAUUUUCAGUUGUCCUGUAUAUGGCUAACUGGUCUGCAUCCUGCCAACUGGGGUUCCUAAACACUAUUUUGAUGUUUAUUUACUAUGUUUAUUUCCAAUUUGUUUGAAUCAAUUUUUUUCUAACUUUGUAAUUGCACUGAGACUUGUGAAAUGAGUUAUAAGAAUGGCUUUGUUAUUACUAGUAUUGUUAUUAUUAUCAUUAUUAUUAGUUUCCCUAAAGUAUACUCAUCACACAAUGUUUCUCUUUCUGUAUGGUGUAUUACACAUUUUAUGUUCAUAUUGUUCUCCACAUACAAAGUUGUUAUAAUAUUUCUUUUUUUGUUGUUUUCAGACACUUUAUAAAAGUGAAAGGAGGUAAUUAGCUAGCAGACAUCAAAACACUUAGGAAGUUUAAAAUAUUCUGUACCUACUAUAGCUAAGUUAUUAUGUAAAUAUUGUUCUCAGAGUUUUUUAUAUACUUUUGUAAACAUUUAAUACAUUUACUUAAAAGUGAUUUUGAAAAAAGUUAAUAUUUCCUAUUUACACAGACAUCUAUUGAUUAACUAUCUGUUACACUUAAGUGCAGUUUUUACAAUAAGAAAAAGAAUGUUAAAAUUUUAAAAUAAAUUCUAGAAUACACUCUAAAAUGUGGUUUAAUGAUGACAAUAACAUGGUGACAUGAUGAUGGUUUGACUUUUCAAGGUAGAUUAUUGAUCUUGUGGGGGCACUGAUGUGCUGGGUACAAAAAUCAGAGCCCUCUUUUAACCAGAUUUUUAUCAUUCUUAGGGUUAAAGGGUUAAUGCCAUAAACUUCCAGUCUGUCUACUUACACCCAAUGGUCACCAUAUCUUCAUUAUUUGCAGGGUGGGAAAUUUUUUUAUAGAUUACUUGUAUUUGCUUACUUAACUGUAUGCUACAAUCUGCAGGUAUUGCCAC